AUUCCUACGGAAAAAACCGCCCUCCCGCCCCAUUCCUUGCCUGUCGUUUUUCUUGUAUAAGAAUAGGAACCAAAAAGAAAAGAAACAAUAAAAACAUGCCUCUUUCUCCGUCUCUUACUUCUCUCUCUACUUAUUUCUCUCUAUAUUUCACUGUGUGUUGUUGCUUGGCCUUGUUUAUCAACCAAAUCUAGAGCAACCCAUCAUACCGUUGUUCUUCCAUUUGAAGGAAAAUUAUACGCAGUCCAUUCCAUUUUGUUCCUUCUGUUCAAUGUUUGCUGAGGCUGCUGUGAAUUGUUUUAUUCGAUGAAUGAUUAAUCGCAACACCGCCUCCUUUCCCCAUUUGUUCUUCUCUUCUCUGUAAUCCUAGAAGCUCCCUGAAUCUGCUCAGGUUCAUUUGCGCUGUGACAGUGGAAGAGGGUUAUAGCUUUAAGUAAGUUGGGCGUAUGUAUGUGAUGGGUUUCAAAUUCUCAAAAUGCUCUCUCUUUUUCAUAUACGAAAUGUUUCCUGGAAUUUUUAUUGCUCCUCUGUCUUCAUUGAUCUGUAAGUGUUUUUAAGAUGCGUUAUCAUUUUGAGAUGACUAGAAAUUUUUAGCUAUCAGGAUUGCGAGGAUUAGGCGUCUGCUUGAUGGGGUAUUCAACAUUCGAUUUUCUCUGCCCGUCUGUGCUGUUUGUUUGAAUCAUAUCAACCUUCUUAUGGUUUGAUGAUAGGAUCAUGGUGGAAAUUUUCUUUGGAUUAACGGGCUCUUUUCUUUCUUUCUUUCUUUCCUUUGUUUUUUAUUUUUUUUGGUGGGGGCGGGGCGGGGGAGCUGGGUUAAGAAAUGGCUUUCACAUCAUUUCUUCGUUCUCAAUGAAUACUUAUAUAUCCACCUGUGUAGAAUCCGUAAGUUGCAAUGCUUGCUUCUGUUUAUAAGGAGUUUUACGUUAUAUUAUAUCAUAUGAAAAAUUUGCUACUUUUUUCUGUUUGACAAAAUAUUUUCUGUGUUUAUUGUUAUGAGAUCAAAUAUCCGAGGAAAUCUGCAAAGCAUGUAGAAUUUUGAGCGUGCUUUUGAACUUACCAAUUGGUAUUUCCUUCCAACACUACUAUGGCUGGAGAAACAUCAUGGGUCAGCCACUACUGUGAUGACUUGUCAAGGGAGGCCAAAGAGUGUAAUUCAUUUCUAGAAUUUGGUGAUGAUGUUGAUAAUGAAGCUGCUGAGUUUUUUGUGGAUUUGAAUGUGAUUUUGCCUGAUGAGUUAUUGGAACGAAUCCUAGCCUAUCUCCCCAUUGCAAGCAUUUUCAGAGCAGGUUGUGUGUGUAAACGAUGGCAUGAGGUUGUCGCCUCAGAAAGGUUUUUCUGGCACCUUUCACAUUUGCUGCCGCACAAGCCUUGGUACUUUAUGUUUACAAGUUCUGAUGAACCCAUUGGUUAUGCUUUUGACCCCAUCCUUCGGAAAUGGUAUGGUAUGAAACUUCCCUGCAUUGGUACUUCUAAUUGGUUCAUUGCUUCAUCAUAUGGCUUGGCUUGCUUCAUGGACAAUGAUAGCAGAAGUGAAUUAUAUGUUUGCAACCCCAUUACUAGACGUUACAAAAAGCUUGAGGAGCCCCCAGGUUUGAAAUUUUCUGAUUACAGUGCAUUAGCAAUCUCAGUGAAUGGGGAAUCACACAGUUAUAACAUUGCAAUCAUAAAAUCGAAGCAAGUCCCUGAAAACUUUUCCCAGUGGGACGUCUCAAUUCUUAUAUACAAUUCAGAAAAAGUGACCUGGGUGACUACUUUAACAGAAGUUUUGAUCGGGUGGAGAGGUGGUAAUGAGAGUGUAAUAUGCAAUGGAGUGCUUUACUUUUUAGUUUACUCAACUGCGGGUGGUCUGCCAGAAAAUCGCCAUGCCCUAAUUGCAUAUGACAUCUCCAACCAUUCUACUCGUGGCACCUUGACAAAGAGCUUUAUUCCAGUACCUUGUUCUCUAACAUGUGGCCGUCUGAUGAAUCUGAAGGAGAAGCUUGUAAUGGUGGGGGGAAUUGGUAAACAAGAUCAUCCUGACAUAAUAAAAGGGAUUGGUAUCUGGGUUCUAAUUGAUAGGAAAUGGGAUGAGAUUGCUAGAAUGCCUCACAAGUUCUUCCAAGGCUUUGGAGAGCUUGAUGAUGUCUUUGCUAGCAGUGGUACGGAUGAUCUGAUAUACAUUCAAAGUUAUGGAGCUCCAGCGCUUCUGAUAUUUGACAUGAACCAUAGACAAUGGAAAUGGUCGCAGAAGUGCCCCGUGACAAAAAGGUUUCCACUGCAGCUUUUCACUGGCUUUUGCUUUGAGCCUAGGCUUGAAAUUGCUCCGUAGUUUGUUUCUCUUACAGCCAACAGCUACGAUUGACAGAUUUGUCUGAAGGUUUCUGUUCUUUACUCUCAAAGUUUAAAUUCAAUAUGAUUUCGAUGGUUCCAACAGUUCAUACAAAGUGUACUUGCUGAAAAUGCUCUUUCUUCAUGGAUACUGCAAUAUUAUCAAUAGAAUUUAAAAAUAUUACAGAACUUCGUUACUGUUCCUUA